GAAAGAGGAUGAAUGCAGCGCGCCGUGGCCGCUCCACACGGGCUGAUGCCGAACUAGGACUCGAUCCGUUUUAAAGGCAUGAGCCAUGAGCCAAAGUCGCCAUCAUUAGGCAUGAUCUCCACGGCAACGCGCACCACAGCAACCAUCAGCCCUCUCACCCCAUCCCCCAUCAACGGAGUGGUGUUGGCCAAUGGAAACCCGGCGUCCCAGUCCGCGCACUCUGGAUUUGCUGCCGCUCUCCGUAAACUGGCCAAGCAGGCGGAAGAACCCCGAGGCUCAGCUUCCAUCAGUGGUGAGUCAUCACCUGUUUCUUCCCCGGCCACCAAUCACAGUUCUCCUGUGGGCACGCCCAAGCGGGGUCCCCUGGGGUCAGGGGCGGGGUUAGGGGCUCUCCCCGGGGCCCACAGUGUGUCCAGCACCCCACCCGUGGUCACCAUCGCCCCCACCAAAACCGUCAAUGGGCUUUGGAGGAGUGAGGGGAGACAGGCUGAAGCUGUACUGAGAGGAGCCGGACGAGGGCGUCUGGCCUCGGACCCGCCCACGUCUGCCCAGGACAAGAGCACCACCUCUCUCCCUCCUCACCUGGUGGGGGCGGCCUUCCCUUUUGGCCUGAGCCCCAGUGCAGUGAUGCAGGACCCUCGUCUGCAAGCCCUUAAUUUGUCACGACAGGUGCCUCACGUCCUGCAGUCGGGGGCGGUGCCAGAGGAAUACCUGCGCAGUGGGUUCCGCCCCUACGGCUCUGCCGAGGAGCUGCGUGUGUCCUCGCUCCCCCUAGGGCUGGACCCUGGUACUGCAGCUUACUUCCACUCAGGAUAUCUCUCUCACCCCACGCUUUCUGCCUACAGAAUGGAUGAGUCCCUCUGUUUAUCUGCCCUGCGGUCACCCUACUACCAGCUGCCAGCGGGGGGAGCCUUGCCAUCUCUCCAUCCUUCUGCGGCCCACCUCCACUUGCCAGGGGUGCGCUACCCAGCAGACCUUACCCAUCAGUCCCUGUCUGCCCUGCAGACUGAGAGGCUGCAGAUGGAAGACAAUCUUCGCCAGCGUGAGAGGGAAAGGGAGCGAGAUAAGGAGAGAGCUCUCGAGGCUGAGCGAGAACGGGAACGAGAGAAGGAGAGAGAGAGGGAGAGAGAGAGGGAGCUGGAACGACAAAAAGAGAGAGCGAAAGAGCGAGAGGCCCAAGUGGUGCGGGCGAUGGAGAAGAACUGUAGGAGGCAGGAGCUGCACACCCUGUCUCCCAGACAGCACGGCGAGGACAGAGCCAAGCUGGGGGACAGACUGACAGCACACCGUGCAGAGAAGACCAAAGAGGCCUCAGCUCUGGCUCCUCAGCCCCUGCAGCCUGGUGUGUAUCCGUUGGUGUGUGGCCCCGCCCCCCAACACGCCCCCUACCCCUCACCCAGCCCGCUGCUCUCUCCGUGCGGUUGCUUGGGGCCCGGCGGCGGGGCCGUGCAGGGCUCACUGGCCGCCACGCUGUUCCAGCGCCGCGGGGAGGAGGAGAGGUGGAUGGCCAGGCCGCAGAGGCUCCGCGCCGAAACCGAGGACAGGCCGGGCCCCGCGCCCGAACCCCGACAGCACGGCCCGGAGCUGGGCGCCGAGCCCCGGGAGGCGCACAGGAACGGGCAGAGAUCUAACUCACACCACCUGGACAUGAGUGUCAGAGACCUACCUCACCACUUGGGGGCACCACCUCCUCUCAUCUCCCCCAGACCCAGCCAGCGAGACCACCCUCCUAAUCCUCCCACCACUCUGUGGAACCCUGCCUCCCUCAUCGACUCUCCCUCGCACACACGUCGAGGGUACGACCCGCCGAACCGCGCUCCCCCGGGGCUAAUGAAGCCUGAGCGGAGCGAGGAGGGGCACAGGAGGCCAGAGUGCCCAGAGAGAGGCCCUCCUCCACGUACACAUGCCCUCCUCGAACCUGGUGCCUUCCUCACGGAUAUGGAGAAGUCGACGCAGAGCAUUCUGAACCAGCGGAGGGCCUCUCUCUGUGUCUCUGGCCCCUGCGGAGAGCCCCGGGGCCCUAAAAGAGCAGGCUCUCCCAUCAGGGCCACCCUGCAGAGCCCUGGUCGCGCCACGGAGUCCGGGAUGGUGUACGACCAGGCACUGCAGCAGCACAGGAAACUCCUUAGCAAGCUGGACUUGGAGGAGAAGAGACGUAGGGAGGCCAGAGACAAGGGUUAUUAUCACAACGACUCCUCUGAUGAGAGCGAUGAAGAGGAGAUGCGAGCCCACCUCCAGAGAGUGGCGAAGCAGCCCCCUCUCAAACUGGACCAGUCGAAGAAGAAACUGGACUUCCUGAGCGUGUUCGGCCUCACCACUCUCUCCCAACGCGACAAGCUACUGGAGAGGAAGAGGAGGAAGAGGAGGAGGAUGAUGAAGGAGCGCAGCCCCUCCCCAGGGCCAGCGCAGGGCAAGCGUCAGACACCUUGGACGGCUGCCCGCCCCCUCACCACGCGCUACUCUCCCGAAGAGAUGGACAGGGGGCCCGAAUUAGAGGACAAGAAACACUUCCUCAAUAUGUUCAACCUCAACCAUGUCAGCACAGAGCAAAGGAUAGAGAAAGAGAAAGUAGUAAAUUUGCUAAAUGCCAUUAAACAGAAAGCGGUGACUCUCGACACACUGCGAUAUGCCACAGACACACCCUGCUCCAGUCCCCCUGUAGCUUCUGAUCUUGCGGUGCGUUCCACUCCCUGCCAGUCGAAUGGCGUGACCUGCCCAGAUUCGCCGCGGCCCCCCUCGACACCCGGUCCUCACAGGCCCCUGCACCCUGACCUCCACAGACCCCCAUCUGAGCCUCCACACCCUAAAGAGCCUCCUCCACUAGCCCCUCUCCACAGCCAGGCUCACUAUGGAGAGGCUCACCCCAACAGGAGGCCCCCUGGCCUGCAGGCCAACGGCAGGCCCGCCCCCGGCGCGCCCAGGGAGCGCGGCCCCGUGCCAAACGGACUGAGCAGCGGGGCCCGGCCCUGGGAGAGCCUCAGCGCUGAGGAGUUCGCCCAGCACUUCCACCAAUCCGUGCUGCAGUCCACGCAGAAAUCCAAGCAGAAGCACAAAGGUGUCCCUGGACUGGCUGAGUCCAACCAUAAGGUUAACAACUCCAUGCGCUAUAACCCUCCAGACCACCAGGGGCCACCGAGCAGGUUGCCUUACUCUUACACCAACGGCCACUCCUGCUACUCCCCAGCCCACCGUGGGCCUUCAGGGUUGAGUGACGAGCACUCUGCUGAGGAAGAGUCCAGCGAGGAAGACAACAAUGACGAAGAAGAGUCUUACAGUCCCAAAUGGAAGGGUAUCGAGGCCAUAUUCGAAGCAUAUCAGGAGUACGCAGCUGAGAGAAGUCUAGAGAGUGAGGUUCUGCAGACCGAGUGCAGGAGGCUGGAAGCUCAACACUAUCAUCUGAGUGUGACAGCCGAUCAGCUCUCUGUCAGUAUGGGGGAGCUGUUGGCGCAGAGGCAGAGGCUGGCACUGGAGAGAGAGCGCAUGCACGCUCAACUCGAGCACUUCCGGAGGUGCUUGGUACUGCCCACAGGGCACUUGCGCAGGGGCCACUAUAAGGGACUUCCCCCGAGGUGACCGCACACGCCCUGCUGACGCACGGUCAGGGGUCUGGGCGAGCAGAGCCCGGCUCCUUGGCUCCUUUGGGGCGAGAGUCCUGCACUCAAGGAUGAGGAAGAGAAGGGGAUAUAAAGAGGAAACUGUAAUAGCUGCUCAGUGCAGCAGAGGAGCAACUGGCUGUAGAUGCACUCGCUAGAAGUGAGGGUAUAAUUGGACAGUCUUGGAGUUGCACAAUGGUAUAAUAGCAUAAAACAGGACGCUGUCUGAUGUAUGACACAGUAACUAGCACUGGCAAGCUUAUCUGCUGUCCCUACUGCCAGACACUGCAAACACCAAAUUCCUCUAUGAAAAAAGCAUCCAAUCAUCCGCCUGCUGCACAAUCCCAAACUGGAGCGACUGAGAGUGAGAACCAAUGACAAAGGAGUAGGUUCAGGGAAACAGCCAACCAGUGACUUGAGGACUGCGAACAAAGUCCUCAAUAGCUUAGGCUUACAUCCUUCUUCCACUUGACACUCGCAAUGCACUUAAAAAUGAACUCUGAUCCCUCUUCUACUGAAACUGCAGCACAGAAGGACUUUAAAAGGGGAGGACUCGAUAUGUUUUAUUACUGAUUUUAGGAAGUUUUGAAAUUUGAAUAUUAUAGCUUCAAAAUCUGAUGUAUAUAUCGUUAAAACAGAGUUUUGUAUGAUUUUAGUAUUUAGUUUGAUUAUUUUACUAUUAUAAAGCCUGCCAUUUUGAAAUUGUAAUGCUUUUUAUGGGGGAAAACGAAUCAUAGGGCAUGUCUGCUGGACAGGACGGGAGAGGCGAAGCAGGAAAAAGGAGGACGAGAGGACAAAAGGAUUUAAACUCUGACGAGUGCAGCCUGCCCUCCACUACUGCCCAGUCCUAUGCUUGCCAUCAGUGAGGUCUGAUCAUCCUCUGCCCGAGCAGCCAACGAUCCACGCGUUGUCAUUUGAGCCGAUCACUUAUCCUUACAUAACUGCGUAGGGUCGGCGUUCACUCACGGCCCAAAGAUGCCACAGGGACAUUUCGCGUAUUCUCCUCCAGUAUAACCUUUGCGACAGCCCUUAGAAACAGUCCCCCACUCCAGAGGAUACAGUCUGAAGUGCCACAGUAUUUGUAAUGCUAUUUCCUCCACUGAUAUUGUUAAAGGAGCACUUACAUGAGACACUGCACGAAAGCUACUGAAGUGGGUCAGGAAGAGACCGCAGCGUAACGUUUACAAACAGUGUGUUCUGGCCACAGAGAACGCUUUGGUGAACUCUUCCCAACAUGCACUAAAAGAAAACGCAGCCUAAAGCCUAAAAAACCAAAAAAGAAGUCUAAACACAAUUCAUUAUGAUGACUGGACAAACAUCUGGAAGUCAAACUCUGAAUCAUGUUGAAAAUAUAAAGCGUUACCGCAACUAGUUAGUGUAUUGAGGCUGCAGGCAAGGAGCACAUAAAAUGACGUACCAGACCCCCCCUUUUUAAUGCUGUGAAAUGUUUUUAUUGUACCUUUUUCUUUGAAUGAAGUGUAAGGUAAUAUAUUACUUGUUGAAUGUAGUAAUAGUAAUUUAUGAAUAUAUUGCUGUAAGAGCAGGCAAAAG